CGAUGGUGCGGUGGCUGUUCCUGGCCGGGCUGGUGCUCGCCCUGCUCUUCCCGCCGGGAAUCCAGGCAGCUCCCGAGGGCUUGGAUGGCCCGUCCAGCCGGAAUUCCGAGGGAUCCCAGAGCUCCCAAAGCUUCCCAUCCGACGCCAAGAGACACUCGGAGGGGACCUUCAGCAGCGACUUCACGCGGUUCCUGGACAGGAUGAAGGCCAAGGAAUUCGUCCACUGGCUCAUCCAGGGCAGGAGGUACAAUUAAAGGGCAAAUCCCGGUUUUCCAGCCCCAUCCUGAGGGGAAUCUCCAGCUCCAGCCACCACCAGAGGCUCCACGGGAAGGAUUUGUCCAUCCCGGGACCAUUCCAUGAUUCUCUGCUCCUGGAAUCUGCUCCCAUGGAUCCCCCCUUCCCUCAAAUCCGGCAUUCCCAGCUUUUGCUUCCUCAGGAGCUUUUCCUAAAUCCCAAUAAAACCUUUGCUGGCUUU